UGACAUCAACUCGGACACAUUUUAGUGGAACACCUCUCAUAUUGUUAUCAUAGAAAGCACUCUGUAAAUAAGGAGAAAAAUAUUUCCCAAUUCUAACUUGCAACCCACGACACCGGAUAUAACAUAUUUCUUAAAUCGUAACCGCCCGUAACAAUGAAACAGUCAUUGGUGGAUGACACAGAAGAUGUAUCUCUGGACUUUGGAGCUGAUGAAGAGGCGUUGAGGAAAACCAGAAUCAGACAUCCUCUGGCUACCUUCUUCCAUCUGUUCUUCCGGAUAAGUGCCAUUGUUUCCUACCUGUUCUGUGACUGGUUCAGUAAGAGCUUUGUUGCCUGUUUUGUGAUGAUCAUUGCCCUUCUGUCUUGUGACUUCUGGUCAGUCAAGAACGUGACUGGAAGACUCCUGGUGGGCCUGCGAUGGUGGAAUCAGAUCGACGAGGAUGGAAGGAGCCAUUGGGUCUUUGAAGCAAGGAAGUCCUCCCCUCAGAGCCUGACGCCCUCCACCGAGGCUGAAGCCCGAAUCUUCUGGCUGGGGCUCAUCGUCUGUCCACUCAUCUGGACUGGCUUCUUCUUCAGCACCCUCUUCUCCCUGAAGCUGAAGUGGCUGGCCUUGGUUAUUGCCGGGAUUUCGCUUCAAGUUGCUAAUCUCUAUGGUUACGUCCGCUGCAAGGUCGGUGGCCAGCAGGGUAUCACCACGUCGGCCUCCUCCUAUCUGGGACAGCAGUUCCUCCAGAGGCCUGAUAUCAUUUUUGGCAUGCUGUGAAAAGAAAGGUGACCAAGAAAAAAGUAACCAGUGAGGCUCUUGCAAACAUACACAUCAGCCACAUUUCCUUUUUCAGCCGAGUACUGAAAAGGUUGCAGAGCGGUGCUGAGGUUUACAGCUGCACAGUACGAAUGAGAUCCCACAAUGCAGAUUUAUUUUUGAUUAAGGCAAUACAUUUUAUUUGAAUAUUUCCGCUCUUGAAGAGGACACAUGACUACAUUUUAUCAGUAAUAAAAACCCAGUUCCAGUGCAUUUCUUUGUAGGAAACGCCGUUCCAUUCGCUUAAUAAUUGGUCAGCCAAAAACACUCAGCUAGUGUGUUUUAAUCCUGUGGUUGAUGAGAUGAACAAUACUCCUGGAUACCUGCAAAGGACAAAUAGUUUUUAAAGCAUUAUCAAACUAAAAAAAGUGUAUCUGUGCAUGGCAAUGUAAUGACUGAAAAACUUCAGGAAGUAAAGAGAAGGCCUAAGCUGUCACAUACGCCUGUAGCCUUCUAAACAUCAUAUAUAUGCAGUUUAAAAGGCUAUUUUGUUUAACAUGCAUCAAUAAAACGUUACUUGAGAAAUCACAUUUGUUUUAGAUCUCAGUAAACAUUAUGUUCUUCACAUGGGGUUAAAUAAAAGUUCCUCUUUUUCACUGCUGUUUUCUCUUACACUCACACAUCUCUAUUUUGAUGUUUGGUUUCUACAGCAGAAAAGACAAAAAUGAUUUUGAUAUGAGAAUAUCAUAUCUGGCACAGCAGCAGAUACUAUCCUGCAAAUUAUUAACAGGCCCCUAUCCAAAAAAGAGAUAUCAGUUCUCAGCCUGCUUUUUUUAUGUGUGUUCAUGGCACAGUGAGAAUAACAAAAAAAAAAAAACAGGCCCAAAAUCCAAAUGUUUGUUUCAAAAUAAGACCAAAAUGCAACAAAGUAUUCAAGGUGUGCUGCACUUUCAUUUCUUAAAGUCUAGUACACAUAUCUACUGUAGAUCAGGGUACGUCUGCUGCAGGGUGCCAGUUUUCACUGUACCUUUUUCUUAAAGGGAUCGCCCUACCCAGCAAUAUUACAGGUUUACAGGAGAGGAUGUGAGAUUCUUGCACGGCACUUAGCAAUGAACAAUGAUCUUUCUUCCGUGUGCUGCUCUCUCAGUUUAUAGUGUAUGUAGACAUGAAGCAGAGAAGUGUGCACAAAUGUUUAACAAAAAAAAAAACAGACAAAAUACCCUUCUCCUAAGAUAAAUGAAUAGAUCUGAACCCACAGAGCAAUAGUGGGCCAAAGAGAAUUAACACUGUAAAACAAAAUCAAAAAUCACAUUCUCAUGUCCUGUAGCACUGACUCACAUUCAGGGUAGAUAAAAACUGUAUUAUUUAACAUGAUGUCUAGCUUUGACCGACUGUUCUAAAUUGUCCCUGUUCCUUGGUCUUGUGACGGACUGGAAUCCUACAGAUGGCAAGAGAAUUUCUGUGUGUUCAGUGCUGCUGUGUGCCCUGUGCUUCCAGUUUUUGUCACCCUCGACGGGAAAAGCAGCUUUCUGCUACUGGGUGGCUGGAUAUUCUAUCAAACGUACAUCACAUUAUUAAAUGUAUAAAAGACGAUGGAUGUUAUGAUGAUUGGGGUUAUUCUAAUUCAUCUGAGGCAAAAAAAAAAUCACUUAUAGCAGAAUGUGUUUUAAGCAUCAUAAAAUUU